AUGGAGGAUGAGGGCAAUGUAUCACUACUGCCACCAAGUGAUAUUGAGAUUAAGAAAGAACAGUUGGAAAUGUUAGAUUCUAGUGCCAUAAAGGCCGUCCCUAUUCAAGCUAUACCAGCGCAAGCGGCGAAGGUGACUAUGGUGGAUGGAAGGGAUUAUGAACUGCCCAUGGGAUGGUUGGUGGAACAAAGGCCACGGACCUCUCUCAAAUACUUGGGCAAAGUAGACCUGUAUUGUCAUGAAGUUAAAACCAGAAAGCGAUUCCGAUCACUGAAAGCUGCUAAAAAUUGGAUUAUGGAAGCAAAUCAAGGAGAGCAAGCACAUGAGCCACUCGAAGCUGGUGAUGGUUCUAAUUAA